CCAUGAGCAGGCACACGUGGUUCCCCUUGCAGUACAUCUCCAAGCCCUUCUGGAGAGCAGAGAAUCACAACACGACCAACUUCUUCUCUGUGCUGUACAGCUUCCCUAACCAAUCCUUCCACAGUGAUGUGGACCUGGAGGACCUGGGGGACUUUGACAGCGGGACCAAGUAUGAGGGUGAGUCCCAGAGCCGAACAGUGAAGGCACUGCUGAUAGUAGCCUACUCCGUGAUCAUCUGCAUCUCGCUCUUUGGCAACAUCCUGGUGUGCCACGUGGUGAUCAAGAACAAGAGGAUGCACUCAGCCACCAGCCUCUUCAUUGUCAACCUGGCCAUUGCCGACGUGAUGAUCACCAUUUUGAACACGCCCUUCACGCUGGUGCGGUUUGUGAGCAGCACCUGGGUUUUUGGAAAGCUGAUGUGUCACAUAAGCCGGUUUGUUCAGUACUGCUCCGUUCACGUGUCUGUGCUGACCCUCGCUGCCAUCGCUCUGGAUCGGCAUCAGGUUAUCAUGCACCCCCUCAAGCCGCGCAUGUCCAUGGUGAAAGGAGGGAUUUGCAUCAUUAUCAUCUGGGUUAUGGCCAGCUGCUUCUCACUGCCUCACGCCAUUUAUCAGACUUUGACAAGAUUUUAUAUCGGAAACAGAACAAUACGAAUGGUCUGUCUCCCCAGCUUCCCUCCUCCUGCUGAUCUUUUCUGGAAGUAUUUGGACUUGACUACUUUUGUUCUCCUGUAUGUCCUGCCCUUGCUUGUGAUCUCCAUCACAUAUACGAUGGUGGCCAAAAAGCUCUGGCUGAGAAAUGCCAUCGGCGACCUCACCAUGGAGCAAUACUAUGCCCAUCAACGGAAAAAGAAGAUGACGCUGAAGAUGCUGAUGGUGGUGGUGAUUGUGUUUGCAGUAUGCUGGUUCCCCCUGAACUGCUACGUGGUGUUGAUCUCCUGUAGGGCCAUCCACAGUAGCAACGCUCUGUAUUUUGCUUUUCACUGGUUUGCCAUGAGCAGCACUUGCUACAACCCCUUCAUUUACUGUUGGCUGAAUGAGAGCUUCAGAUCUGAGUUGAAGUCCUUGCUGUGUGUGUGCCGGCAAAGGAGUGCAGCCCAGAGUCAUGCUCUGCAGUCCAUGUCCCCGCCUUUCAGGCGCGCCUGGGUUGAGAGCUGCCACUAUAAAAGAGGCAGUGCCUGCCAGAAGGCAAGGGCAUCCUCCCAGAGGAACUCUGCAAAGACAGACAUAUCCAGUGUGCAGCCAAUUGUGGCAGAAAGCUAAACCCUUCAUCUGAUGGCCAGGCAGCAU